ACGGCCAAGUCUCAUCACGCGAGAUUGUGACGCCAGUCAGGGAGAGCUGGACUGCAGGAGCGGAGGAGCUAGGCAUUUAAACGGCGAUCCGGGAGUGCGGGCUGUGUUAUGAAACCGGGGCUGUCCCGCGGAAAGCGGGACUAUUGGGCGGUGAAGUGGUAAAACUGAACUGAGUUCUCUGUUGCUUCAGUUCCUUGGAAGGAGGGAAACGUGAAGGCUGGCCAGCUGAAUGACCUUGUUGUUGGCUCCUUAAAGUGAAAUCGGUUUGUAUCAUGGGUCAGAAAGUCACAGGAGGUAUAAAGACAGUAGAUAUGAGGGACCCUGCAUAUAGACCACUAAAGCAAGAUCUACAAGGGCUUGAUUACUGUAAGCCUGCAAGACUCGACCUUUUAUUAGAUAUGCCUCCAGUGUCCCAUGAAGUACAGCUUCAGCACUCCUGGAAUAACAAUGAUCGCUCGCUAAAUGUGUUUGUGAAGGAGGAUGACAAACUUGUCUUUCACCGGCAUCCGGUGGCACAGAGCACAGAUGCUAUUCGUGGCAAAAUUGGUUACACACGUGGCUUGCAUGUUUGGGAGAUUACCUGGGUUAUGCGGCAGCGAGGGACUCAUGCUGUUGUUGGAGUAGCUACAGCAGAUGCACCUCUACAUUCUGUUGGCUAUACAACACUUAUAGGCAGUAAUGGCAAAUCUUGGGGCUGGGACCUGGGCAGGAAUAAACUAUAUCAUGAUGGGAAAAAUCAGCCAAGUAGAACAUACCCUGCGUUUCUGGAGCCUGAUGAAACAUUUAUUGUCCCAGAUUCCUUCUUGGUGGUACUUGAUAUGGACGAUGGCACACUUAGCUUUGUUGUGGAUGGACAAUACAUGGGAAUAGCUUUUCGAGGACUAAAGGGAAAAAAACUUUAUCCUGUUGUAAGUGCAGUGUGGGGUCACUGUGAAAUAAAGAUGCGAUACUUAAAUGGACUUGACCCUGAACCACUUCCACUGAUGGAUCUGUGUCGAAGAUCUGUUCGCCUUGCAUUGGGAAAAGACAGACUGAACGAAAUACAAGCUCUUCCACUACCGGCUGCACUUAAAGGCUACCUACUUUACCACUGACAUAUGCAGAGAUCUUCUGCCUAUAGUAAUCUAUACAGUGCUAUGCAUUCUGAGGCUACAAUCCUUUGACCUACACUGCAUCGAUGUUGGAUGUAGUGCUAUCCCUCUGCGCUGCUCGAAUGCAUGCUACAGACUACCAGUACCUCCAAGUUUUUGCCCUGGAGUUUUUGGAUUUCCUAACUGGGCGUUUUCUGUGAAGGAUAUUUAGUAAUGCAACUGUGUUCUGCAGGCCUAACACAAGAACAGGGUUGCUUUUACAUCUCUAAAUGGGAAGUAUAUAUCCUUUUCAGGGAAACCGUCCAAAUUCUGCAUUGUUUUUUAUAUGUACCUGUCUGAUUUGUAUGUCUGUCUAACAGUAGUUGUGCCUCUAAAUAUUAAGUUGGAGACUGUGGCAAAACAAGAAUACCAGAAGGGCAGUUUUACUUUUAACAAAAUGAGUUUUGUAAACACAAAUCAUGGAUUUUUUUUUUCAAAUGCUUUCUAUAAAUAUAUAUAUAUUCAAUUCUAUGGAAUUUUUGAAGCUUAUUUAUAAAUGGGUGAAACUUAGAACUCACUGUUUGAUCAAUACACUUCUACAAAUCCCAUAGGAAUGAAUAGAAAGUUGGUGGGUUUUUAUUAAGCUCUAAACUCGCGUUUUGAUCGGCCCUAUGUGUUCCAUUUGACAACAUUGGUGUUUCUCACCUUUCUCCCCAGAAUGUAUCUCCCAAAUGUGUUUAAACAAUUUAGAACCAUGGCACCUAUCGGCAUUUUUUAACAUAAUAAAGGGUAAAAGCAUGCUGGGAGUUGUAGUCCAGUUACACCUGAUGUGAAAGUACCUUAGGAACUGACUUUAGCCAAAAAAGUCAAACUGUAAAUAGAAAGCAAUUGAAAAAUGUGGUGUAGUGUUUAAACGACUAUGUAUUGGGCCUGUAAACUGAAUCUUUUCCACCCAAUACAGGGCUGGUGGUUCACUAGAGUAUUUCCCAUUCAUUAACUUCUGUUUGCAUUUAAUCUUCAUAGCGCAAUAGGGUUCAUGGAAGACCCCUGUGGUUGACUUUUGCCUAAUUUAGAUUUGUUCACUUUUUUCCUUUUGAAAGUCACUGAAUUCCUGGAAUGAUCUCCAAAUAAAGGGUACAUACAGCAUAUGCCAGUUAUUAUAGCACCCAAAUGUUUGUCUUAGAAGUUAUGCCAUAAGCUUUAGACUCGGUUUGGAUAGUGUCUACAUGUUGUCAUUGAAUGUCUACAACCUGGAAAUUGUUCCAUGCACAUGCAAAUUGGAGAGGAUCAGUGUUUCCACAAGUCAAAUGUAAAUGUCAUGUGUGAAAUAGCCUGGUAGGCAGAGGUAAGCAGUUGGAUAGCCCCCAUUCAUAUGCGAAAUAGAAUUGUGCAGAGAGGGUUUUAUAAUAGUAAGUAAUCGGUUGUUGGGAUUAAAUGAAGGAAAAGCGCUAGCCAUGCAACGCUUCACUGCCACCUUUACUUCAUAGCACCCCUUCCCUAAAAGCCACAUCUAGGCAUGAAGGUUUAACCAAAUGCAAAGCUUUAUUCAGUUGCAAAUUGAUUAGUCACUUUAGUACAUAAACCCAGCUGAUGCAUCAGUUCUCAGGAACUUCUCCCAGAAACCAAAAUCCCCCUUUUUUUGUAUUAUGGGCCAUUUGUUCAAGAUGAAUUAAGUUAAGACAACUUUUUAUGUACAGGUACAAUAGCUGGAUGUGUGACUUUUUAAUGUUGAAUUGAUGUAUGUAGGAGUGUGAAUAUAUUUUAAUUGCUGCUGUAGGGUACUUUAAAGACCAAGACAUCUAUCUUCUAAGGUGCACAAUGGUGCCAAGGCUGAAAGGGUACGUCAGGUGCCAUCUUUAACUCCCUGUAAGCUGUUUUCUUGCUGGAUUAGGACACUUGCAGUAUUGCACAAUUAGGAGGGAACUGUAAGGAAAAUAUAGUUGCUGCCUUUUAUUUUAUUUGUGCAAGUAGUCUUCCAACCUAUAGAAAAGUGGCUUAGUAUUUCUCCCUACUGUCUUCAAUUUGUACAGUUUUAAUCCUUUUAUAAAAUCUGUAGAUAAAAAUGUGUAAUAAAGAAAUAGUUUAUUAAAUAUAAA